GGCAGAUUCACAGUGGGAGUGUACUUGAAGGAAUGCGGUAAACUUGACUCAUGACUUGACAUUCGUCAAAGAGGGGUCUUCCAAAUCUAAAGGUUCACUGGACACCUGAUUCCCUCAAAGUACCGUGAUUGGCUCCUGAAAGAUGUCUUCUAUAGAUCCCUGUCAGUACAUUGUGGUGGAACACCAGUAUACCCAUAAGUUCAAAGUGACUGUGGUACGAGCUGAGAAGGUGACCAAGGGUUCUACCCUGGGAGACUUUUUGGACACUCCAGACCCCUACGUGGAGUUGUUCAUCCCAACGACUCCCGAGUCAAGAAAACGGACGCGGCACAUUGACAAUGACGUAAACCCCAUAUGGAACGAGACCUUUGAGUUCAUACUGGACCCCAAUCAGGAAAAUACUCUAGAGUUGACAUUGAUGGAUGCUAACUAUGUCAUGGAUGAGACCCUGGGAACGGCCUCGUUCUCCAUCGCUAAACUCAAAGUGGGACAACCAGAAGUGGUUCCCUUCCUCAUCGGCAAGUUAACCAAGGUGUACUUGGAGAUGUCAUUAGUGGUGUGUUCAUCCACAGAUCUGAGGUUCAGCAUGGCCCUGUGUGACCAGGAGAAGCUGUUCAGACAGACACGCAGAGACCGGGUGAUGCUGGGCAUCAAGAAACUCCUCAACAUGGAGAAAGGACGACACCUCCCCACCUCAUUAAGAGAGGUCCCUACAAUCGCCAUCGUGGGGUCAGGGGGAGGGUUCCGAGCCAUGGUGUGUUUCUCUGGAGUGAUGAAGGCUCUGUAUGAGUCUGGAGUUCUGGACUGUGCUACCUACGUGGCUGGACUUUCUGGAUCUACCUGGUACAUGUCUAUGCUGUACUCCCACCCGGAGUUCCCUAAGGGUAAGGGUCCUGGGGAGAUCAACAAGGAGCUGAUGAGGUGUGUGAGCAGUAACCCACUGAGGCUGCUGCUGCCCCAGAACAUUAAGCGCUACAUCAAGGCCCUGUGGAGAAAGAAGGCCGCCGGGCAGCCCGUCACCUUCACCGACAUCUUCGGCAUGCUCAUCGGGGAGACGCUCAUGCCCGGGAGGAUGGACUUCAAGCUGAGCCACAUGCAGAAGACGGUGAGUGAGGGUCAGAGCCCCAUGCCUCUCUUCACCUGUCUGCACGUCAAGCCAGACGUCUCAGAACUCAUGUUCGCCGACUGGGUGGAGUUUACACCGUAUGAGAUUGGCAUGGCCAAGUAUGGCACCUUCAUGUCCCCGGGCCUGUUUGGCAGUAAGUUCUUCAUGGGCAGUGUGGUGAGACAGUACGAGGAGAACCCCCUGCAUUUCCUCAUGGGGGUGUGGGGCAGUGCUUUCUCCAUCCUCUUCAACCGGGUCAUGGGGGUCAAAGGGACCACUGGAGGUAGCACCAUGGAAGAGGAGCUUGAGCAAAUAAAGCCUCAGCACAUUGUGGGUGAGGAGACGCAGGAAAAUGAGGACGAGCCAAGAAAAGCGGGUGGAACAGAGAACCAGGAGGCAGAGGAAGAGCUCCAGCGUAGUGCCCAGGCCAGCUGGACUAGCAGGAUGUUCACCUCCCUGGUGGGGGAGUCUACUCUCUUCAACUCCCGUGAGGGCAGAGCGGGCAAGGUGCACAACUUCAUGCUGGGGCUCAACCUCAACUCCUCCAUGCCUUUCUCCCCCUUCAACAACGGAUCAUACACACACCACAACCUGGAGGAGGAACAGGACGCCGUCACAGACCCAAAUGAGUUUGACCGCAUCUACGAGCCGCUGGACGUAAAGAGUAAGAAGAUCCACAUAGUGGACAGUGGUCUGACCUAUAACCUCCCGUACCCCCUCAUCCUGCGGCCGCAGCGUGGCGUCGACCUCAUCAUCUCCUUCGACUUCUCAGCCCGCCCCAGUGACUCCAGCCCACCCUUUAAGGAGCUCCUGCUAGCUGAGAAAUGGGCUCGCAUGAACAAGCUGCCCUUCCCAAAGAUCGACCCCAAAGUGUUUGACCGUGAGGGCCUCAAGGAGUGUUAUGUCUUCAAACCCCGCAAGGAAGACAGGUGCUGCCCCACCGUCAUCCAUUUUGUACUGGCCAACAUCAACUUCAGGGAAUUCAAAGCUCCCGGAGUCCCUCGAGAGACGGACAAAGAGAAGGAGUUUGGUGACUUUGAUGUCUUCGAUGACCCCGAGAGUCCAUACUCCACGUUCAACUUUCAGUACUCCAACCAGGCCUUCACCCGCCUCCACGACCUCAUGGAGUUCAACACGCUCAACAACAUCGAGGUGAUCAAGGAUGCGAUAAUGGACAGCAUCACCCAGAGACAGGAGAACCCCUCACGCUGCUCUGUCUCCAUCUCACUCAACGAGAUUGAAAACAAGAAGUUCUUGAAACGGGACGUCAGCUCAGCUAAGCUUCCUAUAUAACUCCACCAGAGACACCUUUCUAUAUCCAUGACAAGAUCUGGAGGUUAAGUUUUUUGAUAGAACAAAACAUUACAGCUCAAAGAACAGAUAAGAAUGGUAACAAACCUAUCCUUGUAGCUGCAAGGCAUGUCGCUGUUUGAAUGGGAUAUGAGCCUCACUUCAAGCUAACCUGGUCUCAGACCUGUUUGUGAUAUCUUGCCAACUCACAACAAUGGCCAUGGGAGUUAGAAAGACAGCACAAACUGAUCUGAGACCAGGCUGACUUAAAGCAACUAUGCUGCCUCUUCUUUUGAGCUCGUAUGACUGUGUUGUUUGGGAGACAGGAUGCAGCACACCUUGUUCUGUACAUUCCUGGCCUGGCAUCUGGGUGGUGUGGUUGAUCUUUAAACGGCUCGCUCACUCUCACACACACACACACUCACACACACUCAAACAUACACACACAUGCACACAUGGGCACACACACACCAUCCCUUCAUGCAGCAGGCAGAGGAGAGAGGAGAGAUCAUGCCUGUGAAUACAUAUUUAUGUGAAGGCCUGCCUAGUGAUGUAAAGUAUUCCUGGCAGGGGUCAGUCAAGGCGUGGCAUUGGCAAGGGUUGAACAUUUACUUCUAAAACGGCUUUUACUGACUCACGUAUUUGCUGCAGAUCCAAACUUGAAAUAUCUGUAGUUUAAAUAGAAGGACUCCUUACAAAGGAUAUUUUCUUUAUACCAUUCUAACUAUCUUUACCGGUCUCUCGUUCCCUAUUGAUCUAUUUAUUUGUAUUUUGUGCCAUACAUACAGGGGGAAGGGUGUUUGGUCUUUUGCUUUAUCGUGGCAACAUUGCUGAGGUUUAGGGCAACCCAGAUGGGGUAAUAGCAUGUUUUCUUUGUCACACUGUGCCUGUACUCUCCUUUUAUGCCACUGCAGGGUCUGAAAAAGGAGCACUCUCCCCGUCUGGGAAUUGAACCCCAGUCUCCUGGCCCCCGCGUGACAGGAGGGGAUACUUACCACUAUACUAACUAGGAGCUCAGGGUUGCCGGUCCACAGCACCACCUCUAAAAACUCUCCUUCUGUGAGGCAAUUGGUGAAAUUCUAUUGGCCCCCACACUCUCCCUAAGCAAGCGCGCUAUUCACAGCAUUUACACAAUGGAGACCUCGCUCUCAGUUCCUCCCUCCGUCCUCCUCCUCCCUCCCUCCUCUUCUCCCUCCUCUACACUGUAGAAGAGAAGUGGGGGAAGGGAUGAUGGAAUGUUGGCACUCUCCUCCCCUCCUUUCCCCCUGUUUUACCCAGUGGGAGAGAAGCAGGGGAUGGCUGGGGAGGAGUGUAAGCUCACUCAUCCAGGGGAAGUCCUGGCUGAAUGGCGUGAUGUGAGGGUGAAGAGACGUGUGGGGAGUUGAGCAAACCUAGAAUUUCUCUGAGGCUGGCAGGCUGCAGGUUGAAAUGGGCACGCAAUACAUAGGAAGCUCAUUACACACACAUUCCAUAUUGGGAUGGCUCUAUUCCAUAGACGGUGUCUCACAAAGAACCUCUUCCUUUGGGUUGCUUUUAGCUACUCUGCCACUAGCUGUGUCAUGCAACUGAGUGAACCCAUACCUGUAGAAUGGUUAACCCCUUAUUUACAAUUCAUUCAGAAAGUAUUAAGACCCCUUGACUCUUUCCACAUUUUGUUACGUUACAGCCUUAUUCUAUAAUGGAUU